AUGGGUAAACUCAUUCAAGUGUUCGUUAUCGGUGGCUUGAUUCGUUUCCUACUACCUACAUUCAUUCCAUCCGUUACUACCACGCUUUCGUCAACGGUUGAAUUGAGCACACCUAUAACCUCGUUCAAAUCCCUACUCGAGGCGAUAUACUUCUUAAACCACGACAUUGAUUUGUAUGACGGAGGAGUUAACCACCACCCGCCUUUGGUAGUUAUAAUUGCCUCCUGUAUUAAAGCUAUACCGUUUUCACUCAUCUGGUUCGAUUUAGUGUAUACCAUCACUGACUUGUUGAUUGCUUGGAAGAUAGUGAAGCUCAACCAGUGGUACAACGAGUCGCGUAGCAAAAUCAAAGGAUCCCAAGUUACUGGUUUCAACGAUGACUUGAUUGCAUGCUUUUAUUUGUUCAACCCGUUGAUCAUUUUGACAAACUUGAGCCAUUCAACCGUUGUGUUUACGUGGUAUUUUAUUAUCGAAAGUUUAAUUCAGAUAGUGUUGAAGAGAAAUAUUAUGCGGUCGAUGAUAUCAUUUGCAGCAGCAACGUAUCUAUCAUUCAAUUCGUUGUAUAUAUUCCCAUCAUUGGUUGGAUUGGCACUCAGGACUUUCCCAACAACCACACAUAUAAAAUUGUUGGUCACCAGCUCGACAGGCUACCUCGUGUCAUUGCUUCUCUUGGCAUUGGCUUCAUUUGCAUUUACAUCGUCUUGGAGCUUCUUGGAUAAUUGCUACUUGGCAGUGAUAUACUUCAAAAAGAUAACACCGAAUGUUGGCUUAUGGUGGUAUUUGUUCACUGAAAUGUUUGAAUUCUUUACUCCAUUUUACCUUGGAAUGUUUAAUUUAUACUCAUUUUCAUUUAUACUCCCAAUCGCAAUCCGUUUAUUUGAAUCAAGAGCCACGCCCGACCAAGGUGACUCAUUUCUAGCUGUGUUAUUGUCCUUGCUAUGGGUUUCGUUCACUAAAUCUUAUCCAACAGUUGGAGAUUUAGGAUUUGCAUUAUCAUUAUUGCCAAUUUUCAAAGGAACAAUAUUACCUUAUUGCAAGAUGAUCUACGUUUCGAGUAUGACUUUGGUAACGGCGCUUAUAUUGUCGCCUAUAUUCUACUACUGCUGGAUUGUGUUGGGUAACGGUAACGCAAAUUUCUUUUACAGUAUCAAUUUGAUAUGGGGUGGUGUACACAUUCUCAUUUUGAUGGAUUUGUUGUGGGCCAAGCUAAUCGUUGACUAUGGUGUGGAAAAUGAUAUCUGUAAAGAAGAACUCAAGGGGCUCAAUUUGGCCCAGAUAUAA